CAUUAUCCCUGGACUAGGCCGGGACGGCGUUAUCCGAGAGCUCUGAAGGCUGCGCUGCUCAUCAGAGAGCUGGAAGAAUCGGCGGCGCACAUGGAGGCGCAGCCGCGGGAGAUCGACGCGCAUCCUUCUCCAUCUUCCUCGGCGUCGGCGGCCGCUGCUUCCUCGUCCUCGUCGCUCACGGAGAGCGCCAUCGUGCAAAUAAUGGCCAACAGGACAUGUUCUUCUUCUGUCUCCUCACUCUUUGCUUUAUCUCGGCCGCAAGGAUGGGCAGAGCUCCCGGACGACCUGCUCCGACCCGUUGUCGCUUUACUACGCUCGUUCCGCGACCUCCUCGCCUUCGGUACCACUUGUCGUCAUUGGUGCGAUCUCUUCUCAGCGCACAGGUCCUCUGUCCAGCCUCUGCUCCUCCACCCCAAUCUCCGUAACGACGGUGGACAGUCUCUCUCGCAUAACUGUUGGACCUUAUUCCACAAAUGCACAUGGAGAUUGGCUGAUCCUGCUGCCACCUCAUCCUAUCGCAGUUUUCUUUCCUUGAGUGACCUCAGAAGCAUGACCUUUCUGUGCUGCUCCUACGGUCAGCUCAUCUUCUAUGACAACAAUGGGUUCCAUAUUGUUAAUCCAUUCAGUGGCACUAAGGUUGGUCCUCCUUUCCUCCAGUCAGUUCACUUCACUUGCAUCAGCUAUGUCACCUUAACUGCCCCUGUUGCAUCCGCUGAUUCGCAUCUCCUUGUCGGUGCUGGAGCCUAUCUGUUCCUGUGGCGCAUCGGGGGCGACUCUUGGACAAAACACAGUCCUAAAGUUGGUAGUUUUUCGACUGAACAAAAUGUGGCCUUCAAAGGCAAGACAUAUGCCCUAGGGUCUUUCGAGUGGUUCUACAUCAUUCACUUGUCACCUAGUCUCAUUAUUCAGAAGUUUAAAGUUGUGUUUGAGGAAGAUAUAACCGAAGAUCUCUAUUCAACAAAUGAAAAAUCAUGGCUAGUGGUCUGUGGUGACGUGCUUCUCUUGAUCAAACUUGUGGAGGCGGGGAGAAGGAUGCGCUCGGAGGCCUUCCAGUUCAUGGCCUUCAAGCUUGAGUCAGUGGACACCAUGACCAAGAAGGCAAGGUGGGUGAAGGUGAACGAGUUAGAUAACUGGGACAUCUUUAUCAGCGUUGACGAGCGGUGUGAGGCGUUGCCGUGCAUGAACCCGAAGGGAUGGGGAGGGAGGAGCAACCACAUAUACUUCCCGAGUUAUCAGUCUGAAAAACCUUGGGCUGUAGUGCAACUAUGGCAAAAAUGUUAUUAUCAUUCGACACAGCUCUUCAACACUGGAAGACGGUACCUGAAAUUGGAGUCAACCUGGGUCUUCCCCGCGCGUUUCCUCGUUCCGUCCUGCGAUGAUCUUACGGCCGUGAGUGCGGUUGGUGAUUAGCUUCUGAUACAGCUUUGGUGGGAGGAUUCUACCAUGUUGCAGUUGCAGGAUGAGUGGUUCACCGAAUGUUCUUGACGUGUUUCGAAACUUGCAUUACAAACAGAAGUUUAAAUUAAGUUAUCAGAUUAUGUACUUUCCUCUUUUUUCUGCGGCAAUUACAAGGGACCCAUAUGUUUUAUUUCUCAUUUAUUACAGAUUGUGGAGUUUUCUUGUACCUGGGCACUUGAUAACAUGGGCUAGGUCUGUAACUUCCUUUUCAUACAUAGAUAGCUAAGAGUAAUUGUACUAUGGUUGUUGAUUA